ACGCGUCACGUGACGCGCGGCGUACGCUCUCUCGCGCCGCUCUUUUACUUUUUCCGCAUCUGUCAGUGGGUGUCCUGCUCGCUAACUUUAGCCACGUUUCCUUCCCGGUUUAGUUCAGUCUGACAUUUCACGCAGCGACCAGCUCGUCUUGCGUGACGGUGGGACGGUGUUACAUGUCGGUUCCUGUGAGAGCUGCACAUUUCCACUUCCCCUCCAGGAACAAGAGGAAGAAGAAGCACGGCUAGCCGCUUGGAGCUAGCUGACAGCUGUUUAUCGUCGCUGUGAGGCACCGACCAGGCUGAGCUUCUAUGACCUACGUCUGUCUGCCCUGAUCAGAGGAUGUAUCCGCCGUCCAGAAAGGACUUCAUCUCUCUGACGCUCAGUGAUCCGCACAGUCACUCUUACAACAACGGCAAACACCGAAGACAGUCCUGCUGGAGGAAAUGGAAGCAGCUGUCUCGGCUCCAGCGAAGCCUCAUCCUGUUCCUGCUGGCUCUGCUGCUCAUAUUUGGACUGCUCUCCUAUCCCGGCAUCACAGAGCAGUGGAGAGGCUUGUCUGACAGGGAGGACUGGCUGGACCUGAAUGACAGAGAGUUGAAGACCAUUCUUCCAGUUGUGAAGUCUUUAUUUGGUCAAGCUGCAGGUAAAGCUCCGGCUCCUGUGGCAGGGCCACAUGUGCAGCCAGCUUUGGGGCCAGCUGUGGGUCCAGAAGGUGUAGGUCCAGACACGGGUCCAGGUGCGGGUCUAGAUGUUGUAAUGGAGCCCAGAGGACCAAACAUUCCCAUUUUGGCAAAACCUCCCAUUAAGAAAAAGUCAUUCCUAAACAAGAGAGAUCCACCAAAUCUGCAGAAAGAUGGAAACAUUUCAGACACAGUCGGUGGGGAAAAGCAAGAGGUGGUUCAGGAUGGAGAAGGAGAGGAGGAGGACAAAGAAAAGAAGAUGAUCAGUUGGAGAGGAGCAAUGAUUGAAGCUGACCAGGCCACAGAGCCUCCACCUUCAGCCAAUGAGAAAGAAGCCGAAGCUGAAGCGCUCCCUGCAAACCCUGCUAACACAGUUCCCCAGGAAGUUUCAACUGGAACUGCGGACCGACUGGAGGCAGUACGUGAUGCCUUCAGACAUGCAUGGAAAGGCUAUAAGGACUACGCCUGGGGUCACGAUGAGCUCAAGCCCAUCUCCAAGUCUUUCGGCGAGUGGUUCGGACUGGGUUUGACGCUUAUUGAUUCUCUGGACACCAUGUGGAUUAUGGGCUUAAAAGAAGAAUUUGCAGAAGCAAAGAACUGGGUCGAGAAAGAGCUCACUUUCAACAAGAAUGUGGACGUAAAUCUUUUUGAGACAACCAUCCGUGUCCUUGGGGGCCUGCUGAGCACCUACCAUCUAACAGGAGACCAGCUCUUCCUCGAGAAAGCUAAAGAUCUCGGGUCCAGGUUGAUGCCUGCCUUCAAAACUCCCUCAAAGAUCCCUUUUUCAGACGUGAACAUCGGGAAGGGAACGGCCCACCCGCCUCGAUGGACGUCAGACAGCACGCUGGCCGAGGUCACGAGCAUUCAGCUGGAAUUCAGAGAGCUGAGCCGCCUCACCCAGGAACCACAGUACCAGGAGGUUGUAAAUGAGGUGAUGAAGCUGGUCCACAAGCUGCCGGGUAAACAAGACGGUCUGGUUCCCAUGUUCAUCAACACCAACAGCGGCCAGUUUACCCACAAAGGAGUCUUCACACUUGGUGCCAGAGCAGACAGCUACUAUGAGUACCUGCUCAAACAGUGGAUCCAGGGAGGCAAGACGGAAGACGAACUGUUGGAGGACUACCUUCAGGCCAUUGAGGGAGUGAAGAAACACCUUGUGAGACAGACGGGGCCGAGCAGAUUGACUUUUGUUGGAGAGCUGUCCCAUAACCGCUUCAACCCUAAGAUGGACCACCUUGUAUGCUUCCUGCCAGGAACCUUGGCGCUGGGAGCCCACAAUGGCCUCCCGGGGGACCACAUGGAUCUAGCUGUGGAACUGACGGAGACGUGUCACCAGAUGUAUAAACAGAUGGAGACUGGGCUGAGCCCGGAGAUCGUACACUUCAACCUCCAGUCCAGUGACAGCCGUGACGUCAACGUCAAGCCCGCAGACAGACACAACCUGCUAAGACCAGAAACGGUGGAAAGUCUCUUCUACAUGUACAGAUUCACCAAGGACAACAAGUACCGAGACUGGGGCUGGGACAUACUGCAGAGCUUCAACAACUACACUAAGGUGCCUGGUGGUGGCUACACGUCCAUUAACAAUGUCCGUGACCCUGUUAAUCCCGGGCCCCGGGACAAGAUGGAGAGCUUCUUCCUGGGUGAAACGCUGAAGUACUUGUAUCUGCUCUUUUCUGACGACAUGGAGCUGCUCAGCCUAGACAAGUACGUCUUCAACACAGAAGCCCAUCCUGUCCCCAUAUGGCCCUCCCCACCCAAGUGAUGUCACCAUACAGGAAGAGGUCUGUAAAGGUUAGACCUGCAGAGUCCCAUGCAAGUCAAAGACUGUUAUUGCCGCUCAGUCGGGUGCGUCUCUUGAGCAACUGUCCACGCCAGCCUGCUGUGUCGAGCAGUAAAGCAGAUCUGUGCCGUCCACCUGUACUCUGAUACGUUUCCAUGUGGAGGAGUUUCUUUAGUUUUUUCCUUUUUUUUAAUUUUUCCUAAGGAAAAUGUUUGUUGGAGCAGGUCUCUAAUGUAAAACACUUUUUUAAAAUCAGG